AUGUCUAGCUCGUCAGAAACAGAAGAAGAACCUGACAAAAAUAAAUUUUUUAUCCGAUGUCAGCGCUCAGACUGUUGUGGCGUGGAUCCUGUACUCGUCUUGUCCGGAGAAAAACCAGUGCAACUUGCUGAAGUGGACAUAGCCAUUGUCAAACAUAUCUUAUGGCAUGUUCGAAACGAUGGCGCUCUAAGUAUGGACCCUGCUGAACGAGAGUUGUUGACAAGAGCUUUGAUGAUUCGCCUCUCGUCAGCUCAGAUGCGGCAAAUCCUUUUUAUGGCGAGAAGGGUUACAAAGCAUUACAGAUAUAGCGAGCCGGAUGUGAUAAAAUAUGUGCAAGCGAAAAUGAAUGAAAUUGGUUGCAUUUUGUUUGGAGUGAACAAGGGGCUCGUAUUCCAGAUGGUGUUUACGCGUCGCUUCGUGCGGGAUCAAAGCGGCAUGCUGUUGUAUCCUCCUUGCGUAUGUCGGCUUUGUGUGGACAAAGAGCUGCCUCGUUAUUCAGUGAGUGAAUCUAUACAAUCCUCAUUUGAACCCCUACUCAUGCGAUCUUUUGGCCAAGAAAAAAAAACGCUUGUCAGCCUCAAAAAUUUUUUGUAUGAUUUUUCUUCUCAUACUUUCCCUGUUCCAUAUCAUUAAAC